AUGGAUCGAGGGUUAGAUUCUCAGCCAAAUCCUUCACCAAGCCCAAUCGACAAAUCUAGGGUUUUAGAACUGAAGCCAUUGAGGCGUCUUGUCCCGGUUUUCCCAAACUCAAACGGCUCAUCUUCAGUUUCAACCCCACAUCCCACACCUUUUACUUGUAUUUCUCCAUCUGGCCCUUUCCCACCUGGCGUCCAACCAUUUUACCCGUUUAUGGCCUCAAACGGGUCUCCGCAAAACCCACCAGCCGCCCAAAAUGGUAAUUUUACCAACAUACAAUCUCCAAUUCCCUUGAAUUCCUUUAAGACCCCAAUACCCCAACCAAACGGGUCGGCUGGUCCCAAAAGGCCGAAUGCCCAAAGUAAUUCAAGUAAACGAAAAUCUCGGGCCAGCGAAAGAUUCGAAAAUGGCUCCUCCUCCGAUUUCGAUUUCGAUUCCUUGGCUAAUACCUUCAUCACCUCCUUCAACCUCAACGAUUUCGAAAGCUUCAAAAAAUCCCAUACCGACAAGGAAGUAGCCGAAACCAUACUCUUGGUCUUCGAUUUGCUCCGCCGUAAGCUCACCCAGCUCGAAGAAUCCAAGAACAUCGUCCUCGGGCUUAUCCGCCAGCCCGGCCCGAAAGCCGGGGCCCUCUUAACUUCCAGAGGGCUGCGCGCGAACAGCUCCAAACGAGUCGGCCAUGUCCCUGGAGUCGAAGUUGGCGACAUUUUCUUCUUCCGAAUGGAGCUUUGCAUUGUCGGCCUUCACGCACCUAGCAUGUCGGGUAUCGAUUACAUGAGCGUGAAGCUGAGCAUGGACGAAGAGCCAGUUGCCGUAAGUAUAGUCUCGUCCGGAGGUUAUGACGACGCCGAAGGAGGAAAUAAUAAUGGGGAUGUGUUGAUAUAUUCCGGUCAAGGUGGGGUCCAGAGGAAAGACGGUCAAAUGUUUGACCAGAAGCUGGAAAGGGGAAAUCUUGCGCUCGAGAAGAGUCUCCAUCGAGGGAAUGACGUUCGGGUCAUCAGGGGUAUAAAGGACAUUUCGGGCUCGACGGGGAAGAUUUACGUCUACGAUGGUUUGUAUAGAAUUCGCGAGUCGUGGGCCGAGAAGAAUAAAUCGGGAUGCAGCGUUUUUAAGUACAAGCUCGUUCGAAGUCCCGGGCAGCCAGAGGCGUUUGCUCUGUGGAAAAUGAUUCAGCAGUGGAAGGACGGGAGCACGAUUCGGGCGGGAGUGAACCUUCCGGAUCUUUCUUCGGGCAGCGAGUCGCUGCCCGUGGCUUUAGUUAACGAGGUUGACGGGGAAAAGGGGCCGACUUUUUUCACGUACGAACGAAGCUUAAAAUACGGGAAACCGUUUUAUAGUUCGAAUGAUCCUUCUCCGGCGUGCGGUUGUAAAGGCGGGUGUCAGCCGGGGAACACCGAUUGCCCCUGCAAUCGGAAAAAUGACGGUCUUGCCCCUUACUCUUCACUCGGUGGACUCUUGACCGAAAAAUCGAUAAUUUAUGAAUGUGGGAGAACGUGCCCUUGUCCUCUGAAUUGCAGGAAUCGACUUUCUCAGUCUGGAAUUAAGGCUCGUUUGGAGGUUUUCAAGACGAGGAACAGAGGAUGGGGGCUUAGAUCGUUAGACCCGAUUCGAGCGGGUUGGUUUAUCUGCGAGUACGCGGGUGAUGUCAUCUCUUCGGCUGAUGAUGAAAGCAACAACAAUACUAAUAAUAAUAAUAACAGUUAUAUUUUCGACUCGACACGUUACUAUGAGCCACAAGCUCCUUUCCCGCUUGUUAUAAACGCGAAGAAGAAUGGGAAUGUGGCUCGAUUUAUGAAUCAUAGCUGCUGGCCGAACGUGAUUUGGCGGCCGGUUUUGCGCGAGAGCUAUAACGAGACGUUUAUGCAUGUUGCGUUCUUUGCGGUGAAGCAUAUUCCUCCCAUGCAGGAGCUAACGUUUGAUUAUGGGAUAGUGAGGCCCGAGAAAGGAGGAGAUUUUGGAAAGAGAAAAUGCCUUUGUGGGUCAUUUAAGUGCAGAGGUUCUCUUUUCGAGAACGUCAAGAGUUCGACAGGGGAUGAAUAUGAUCGAUAUUGGGAUUGUUUAGACAUACUAUAUGUGCUUCGCAACAGAGAAAUUAUGCUAGCAGAAAUGGCUCUGGCAAAGCCCAUUUCCAAAUUCAACCCCUCAAUCCCAAGAAUCGGAAGCCCAAUUUCCCCGCAAUGCCGGAAAACCCGUUUCGCCGUCAGAAUGUCUUCCGCCGCUCCGGCGGCGGCGGGCGGCAAGAAUAAAAAGAGCCAGAAACAAGAAAUCAAGGAGACCCUCCUGACGCCGAGGUUCUACACGACGGACUUCGACGAGAUGGAGCAGCUCUUCAACGCGAAGAUCAACCGGAACCUGAACAUGGACGAGUUCGAGGCCCUGCUGCAGGAGUUCAAAACCGAUUUCAACCAGACCCAUUUCGUGAGGAGCAACGAGUUCAAGGAGGCGGCCAAGAAGAUCGAGGGCCCUAUGAGGAGAAUUUUCGUGGAGUUUCUGGAGAGGUCUUGCACGGCCGAGUUCUCCGGGUUUCUUCUGUACAAGGAGCUGGGGAGGAGGCUAAAGAAAACUAACCCUGUGGUUGCUGAGAUUUUCUCCCUCAUGUCUAGAGACGAAGCUCGACAUGCUGGGUUUCUGAACAAAGGUUUAUCAGACUUCAAUUUGGCUUUGGACUUGGGAUUUCUUACAAAGGCCCGAAAGUACACGUUUUUCAAGCCCAAGUUCAUUUUCUACGCAACUUACUUGUCCGAGAAGAUUGGCUACUGGAGAUACAUUACGAUUUACAGGCAUCUCAAGGAAAACCCCGAUUAUCAAUGCUAUCCGAUUUUCAAGUAUUUUGAGAACUGGCACAGCCACAGUUCCUCAACGACUGGAAGGCGAAGCUGUGGGCCCGUUUAUGUGACAAUGUACCUUAACGACUGCCAAAGAACAGCUUUUUAUGAGGGAAUUGGCCUCGAUACGAAGGAGUUUGACAUGCAUGUCAUCAUUGAGACAAAUCGCACGACUGCAAGAAUAUUCCCGGCUGUGCUGGAUGUUGAAAACCCAGAAUUCAAAAGGAAGUUGGAUCGGAUGGUGGAGAUAAACGAGCAAAUACUUGCGAUUGGGGAGAGUGAUGAUAUCCCAUUUAUGAAGAACAUGAAGAGGAUUCCCCUUAUUGCGGCUUUAGCUUCUGAGUUGUUUGCUGCGUAUCUCAUGAAACCCAUCGAGUCUGGCUCGGUUGACUUUGCCGAGUUCUACGGAUCGAAGCUGGUCGAAUUCAAUUCUUCAUUUUCUGGUACGAAGCUCGUUUUCGUUUCCGAUUCGUUUCGUUCAUAUCAUAUUCCAGCUCUUAGAAGUGUCAUGACUGAAAGGUUUAUGUACUUAUACCUCCUGGCUAAGUAUGUUUGUGCUGCACUUGACUGUUUAGAUGGAGGUGGAGCUGCGGCUAUUUUCUCUCCAGAAGCUAAAAUAAUGGCUGGUUCAAGGGUUGCUCAUGCCACUUUAAAAGGACCAAGUGUGGUGAAGGAGAUAUUGAUCGGGAUUGCGCUUGGAAUUGCUGCUGGUAGCGUGUGGAAAAUGCACCACUGGAACGAGCAGAGGAAAGUUCGGGAGUUUUACGAUUUGCUGGACAAAGGUGAAAUCUCUGUGGUUGCUGCCGAGGAAUAAAUUGUUCCCAAAUAUUUCUCGUUUGAUGGUUGAACUCUUCUUUAUUGAUACAAUGGUGAUCUGAGUUCAAAUUAGUUGGCUUUUGAGUUGAACAUGAGCUCGUUGUGUUUGAAAUUUCGACAAAAUAAGUUGUAUGUGAUUUAACAAGGUCGACACUUUUAUUGUUUCUUGAUAUGCUGAAGUGUUUGGGGAAUUUGCACCAUUGCUUUUGGUUUUCUCUUGGUUGAGUUUGCUAUUUAGGUUUAUUUUUAGUUUUUUAUGCGACGUAUAACAUAACGAAAAUCAAAAGGUUCAGCGAAUUCGUGUAUUUAGGUGGCUUUUAAGAUUGCAGUUUUUGCAGUUUGAAAAUUGUUGCUAUUAUUUGCAUUGUGUUGUAUGUUUAUAUACAGGCAAAAGCUUAUUUGGAUUUGGACAUAGAUUGGAAUUUCAAUGGUUAAGACUUGCAUCUGGUUUAUA